AUGGCCAGCGAAAUGAUUCACGGAGAGGAAGAAGCGUCCGAACGUUCAAAACACACACUAGUAAAAUACAUCAGCUGCGAGGGCAGCCCGCGAUUGGAUAAGGCCAAAACUUCAAGAAAAUUGUCUAUAUGCAGCAAAUUAUGUUUUGCAAUUGGAGGUGCUCCAUAUGAGGUGGUUGGAACUGCAAUAGGAUUCUUCCUGCAAAUUUAUCUACUUGAUGUAGCACAGAUAACUCCAUUUCAUGCUUCCUUAGUUCUAUUCAUUGGAAGAGCUUGGGAUGCCAUUACUGAUCCAGCUGUUGGAUAUUUAAUCAGUAAAAGCAAAUGGACAAAGAUCGGGAGAUUAAUGCCCUGGAUUAUCGGCUCUACCCCUUUUGCAGUUGUGUCCUACAUUCUCCUGUGGUAUGUACCACCACUGAAAGCAGGGAAGUUCCUUUGGUAUCUGAUCUUCUAUUGUCUAUUCCAGACUCUGCUCACAUGUUUCCAUGUGCCAUACUCAGCCCUCACCAUGUUUUUAAGCAGUGAUCAGAAGGAGAGAGACACAGCAACUGCUUACCGUAUGACAAUGGAAGCAUUUGGAACAAUGAUUGGAGCUGCUGUCCAGGGGCAGAUUGUUGCACAGGGCCAUGCCUCCAAUCACUGCUUUCUACAGAACAUGUCAGAAGUUACCAGUACCAACUCCACCAUGAUAAUCAGUCAGCCUGAUGGCAACAUCAGCACCUUGCAGCCAAAAGACUUACUCUCCCAUACAAAAGAUUCGUACAUGAUUUCUGCUGGUGUUGUAGGAGGCAUUUACAUUUUUUGUACAAUUGUUCUGUUCUUUGGCGUGAAAGAGAGAGAUGACCCCUACACUGUGAAGUCAGGCAAACCAAUUCCUUUCCUAAAAGGAAUGAAACUUGUGAUGAGACGGCCCUACGUGAAGCUGACUACAACUUUUCUCUCAUAUCUUUGGCCCUUCAGCAGUUCCCAGUUUUCACUGACGAAUUUGGGAAAAACUGGCUGCAGUUUCUGGGGUCCACACAGGUACUGGUCCUCCCUAGGUUACGACAGGAUUCCGUUCCCGAGAACACUUGUAGAGGGGAAUUUUGCUCUUUUUUCGACCUAUGCUGUAGAUCUUCGACAUCAUUUUCAAAAUAUUGUCCUCACAAUUCUGGUAUCUGCUGUUGUAGCCAUCCCAUUCUGGCAGUGGUUCCUCCAGAGAUUUGGGAAGAAAACUGCAGUUUACUGUGGCAUUACUUGGAUUAUUCCAUUUUUAAUCAUGAUGGUUUCCAUUCCAAACAAUCUGAUUAUAUCCUACGUGGUAGCAGUCUCCUCAGGUCUGAGUGUGGCUUCGUAUUUCCUUUUGCUGUGGUCUUUGCUGCCUGAUGUUGUUGAUGACUUUAGACUUCAAAACCUAUUCAUAAAAGGAUUAGAACCUAUAUUUUGCUCAUUUUAUGUUUUCUUCACCAAGUUUGCUGCCGGAGUCUCUCUUGGGUUCUCUACACUUAGCCUUGAUUUUGCAGGCUAUGAAACCGGAGCAUGCUCUCAACCCCCUCCUGUGGCAUUCACCCUAAAACUGCUAGUGGGAGCAGCACCCACAGGACUGAUAAUCAUUGGGUUAUUGAUAUUCCAGUUUUACCCAAUAACAGAAGAAGUCCGAAUGAGAAACAAAUUGGCACUCCAAGAGCUAAGGAACAACAGCCAGAACUGUGAUCAUCCACUGAAUGACAUGCGGAGAAUAUUGUGACAAAUAUCAAGACAGAAAGUGACAAUCAUUUACAAGCCAUAGAUUCCAAAGUCUGCAGGAAUCACUACUGCUGCAAUACCUGUGUAUAUUACAUUAAUUGCAAAAGGAUGCAAAGGCUAUUGCAACAAUUUCUAUUUUAAUACACUUUUUCCAGUUAUUUUGUAAACCUAAAAAACUGAAUUUAUUUCAUAUAAAGAGAAAAGAUGACAAUGUGUAGAAGGUUAACUUAACAUUGAGUAAAGGAAUGUAUAGUGUUCAUACAUUCCCUUUUAUUUAAUAGGUUUUUCAAAUGUUAAUUUAUUACAUAAUAACUACUAACAGCAAUUUUCUGUGAUUUUUCUUUACUUUUGAGAAGCAUUGUUUUUCAAUAAUUAUAAUAAUUAAUACUUUUUAAUAAAUUAUCCAUGCUUUUAGAAGAUUGUAAAUAUUUGGAGAACAAAAUGGAGCUUUCAUAUUCUUAAGUAAUGAAAUACUACAAGGAAUAUUUAUUAUGAAAGAUCAAAUUAUUGGCAAAUUAGGUACUUCAAUAUUCUCACAAAACAAAACACUAAAAAAAU